AGUACCACAUGAAAAGGAACUGGAAACGCAAGAAAAGAACACCCAUAACCAAAUAAUAAAUGAACAACACGAAUCCGAACGAAUUCAAGUGCAGCAAGACAAAGAAGAAGAAAAACAACGAUCAGAAGAAGACCUGGAACAACGAGAGCAUCUACACGAAGAGGAACGGGAAGGAGAACAUCUACAAGAAGAAAUACGAGAUCAGCAAAAAAAAAAACAGGAACAGCAGGAAGAAGAGCACGAAGACAGCAUAAAACAAGGAAAGGAACAAGAGCAACAACAACAACAACAACAUCAACAGCAUGAAAAUGCUGCGAAAAACAGCGAAGAACCCGCAAAAAACGAAACUGCCGUUGGUACAAAUGCCACCGCUUCAACAGACGACAGUGACGGCAGCACCAGCGCUGUCUCGCACACCACCUCCCCUCUUUUGCUUCUUCUUGUUGUGUGUGCGGCUGCGGCUGCGGUGGUGGCCGCGUGA